UCUUUUUUCUUUUAGAAAAGAUAGGAAACCUGAGUUUCAAAGGGAAACAGUGGGAGCACAAUUAUUCUGCUCUGCACCAACACACACAACAACACAACAGCUGCAGUUUCCUUGCGUUUCCUUUUCACCAACACUGUCCAAAACUGACACAAAGAUAUUGAAUUACAGAUACAGAAGAAACUCAGACACAGGAAAGAAAAUUUUAGUAUAUACCCAUUUUUUAAUGAGCUUUUUUAGAUUAAAGAAACACCAAACACCAUCACCACCACUGCCUACUCUCUCUCUCUCUCUCUCUCUCUCUCUCUCUCUCCAUAACUCCAUAGCCUGUCUCUGUGUUUGUGUAUGUUUCUUAUAAUUCUCUUUCAAAUUGAAACAAGGGCCUUAAAACCCAGUUCAAACUCAAACUUCUAGCCUUGUUUCAUCAGUUUAUCUCCAUCUGGGUAUCUGGAAAAAAAAUGGCAACUUUACACACUACUGCUCAUUUUAGCACAGACCAGCACCACCACCACCAUCAUUUAAGCCGUAGUAGUAGUAGUAGUAGCAGUGACAAUGACAUGUCACUCUCCGGUGAGAUUGGGGCCCACCGGGAUUCUUCAGGGUCAGAUUGCUUGUCACAGAUUGAUUUAGAAAUUGGUGUUUUGGAAGAUAAGGUGCAUUUGGGCAGUAGUGCUGGUGGUGAUAACAAGACUGAGAGAGACUGUAGAAUUUGCCAUUUGGGUUUGGAGAGUUAUGCGCAAGAGAAUGGUGUGGCUACUGAGUUAGGGUGUUCUUGUAAAGGUGAUUUAGGUGCUGCUCAUAAGAAGUGUGCAGAGACUUGGUUCAAGAUCAAGGGUGAUACGAUAUGUGAGAUCUGUGGUACCACUGCUCUCAGUGUUGCUGGUAAACAGGCAAAUGAGGCACGCAGUGUUUCUGUAGCAGCUACGACAGCACCAGCAGCACCUGUAAUCAUGGUCGAAGCUAGAACAUUCUGGCAUAGCCGUCGUGUUAUGAAUUUCUUGCUUGCAUGUAUGGUCUUUGCAUUCGUCAUUUCCUGGCUCUUCCAUUUUAAAGUACUCUCAUGAGUUAUGGACCCAAGAGAAAGUGGAUGAGGGAUAAAGUGCCAGUCCAAUUCUGUCAAGUGGGUGCCUUAUUCCUUCCUAUCUAUAGUUAUCAAUCAAGAGAGAAAGUUGCUUGAGAAGAUAAGAUGUGGCUCUAAUUCUGUCAAUGGUUGUUUUGGUGCUUUAUUCCUACAUACCUCAACUAUCCUUACAUGUCUGUGCCACAUUUUCAUGUUAUCAUGUGUACCUGUAAAAGCUCCUUACUAGAGAUAGCGUGUAAAAGCUUAUGCAUGUUCUCUCGCAUGUCAUGUGUAAAUUCUGGUUUCUCUAUACUAAAACUGUUUGAUUUCCCUACCUUGGAAAGGAAAGAAGUUAAAAUUUUAA